AUGGCGACCGUCGCGGCGGCGGUGCUGCGAGGAUACGACGACGCGCGCGGCGAGGACCCGUCGCCGGCGCGGGCGCAGCGGGCGAAGCGCGGACGACUCGACGCGUUCGCGAGGGCGUACGCGCGACGGAUGGAAUCCGACGACGACGAGGACGACGACGACGACGAGGACGACGACGCGAGCGACGAUGGGAAAGAAAACAACGUCGAUGACGCGGCGAUCGCGCGCGAGGGCGACGGGACGGGGGAGAGCGAGGACGAAGAGGCGAGAGAUUGGCGGGCGAUGCGCGCGGGGGUGAUGUCGCCGCGACUCGAUCGGGCGACGAGACGACGACCGAAGACGACGAGUAAGGCGAGCAGAGCGCUGAUGAUGGAAGAUUACGUGAAUUUUGAAUCGUUUGAACACGCGGAAUCGGUGGUGCGGCGGGACGGGGAGCGAGCGCUGAGCGCGGUGGCGUACGCGAGCGAACGCGCGGGGGCGCGCGCGAGGACGCUGGAGGAUAGCGCGCGCAAGACGGUGGAGAGGGUGGAGGCGAAAGUCAUGGCGUUUGAGCGGAAUUCGGAUGAAUUCGUGGCGCGAAGGUUGCACGAUGCGUUGGAAAGCGCGGGAUUGAGCGCGGAGGCGGAGGAGGAGUUUCGAGCGCGGGCGAGACGCGCGUUGACGAGGCAGUCGCGAGCGUUUGAGGAAGUCAUCGAAGCGGCGGAUCGAGAGUUGGUGUCGAGGGUGACGAUGUCGUCGACGGCGCGCGAGAUGAUGUGUGCGGAGUACGGGGAAGAUUUUGUUGAGAAGUACGAGGAGGCGAACGAAAAUGGCAUCGACAUGACGCUUUCGAUCGGGCCGCGAGGCGGGAAGAAGCUAGCGGCACCAAUCGUGGGAUUGUUCGCGAAUACGUUUGGCGCAGCGUGGAAGACGGUGAACUUUACUUUAGGUUCGCCGUUCUUCAUCAUCAAUCGCGUCGGUCGUACGGUUUUCAGACAAAAGAGGAAGCACACUGCAGAGCAAACGGUCGAGGAGUACCGCGAGUUCAAGAUAACCUCGCCGACGAAGCCACCUCGACGAGGGCCUGCGUCCGUCGCCGCGGCGCCGUUUUCCCCAGACGCCAAGUCCGAUGUUUCAUCCUUUCACUCCAAUCGCCGGUGGCCGCUGGGCGCGACUACGCAGCGUGCGCACGGCGCGCACAAGCGCUACAGUAUCGCGGGCUCGGUGCGAUCCGCGAUCACGCGUCACACCAUUUAUUCCAAUGUCGAGUACGCCUCGGAUGAAGACGAGGAAGACGAGUUCAAGAUCGACCCCGAUGGUAAGGAGCGUAGACACCUCAUCCGGGCGCUCGCGCGCCUUAUUCAGCUCGGAUGCUUUACGGCGGUGAUCUCCUUGAGCGUCGGACCGGGAGAUCGUGCGCUAAAGACGCGUCAAAUCGUUACGAGCGUCUACGAAAACGUCCGAGUACACGUCGCCAAGGGAUGGUCGGCCUUCGCCGUGCGCUGGGCGGCGGUGAGCGCGAAACUGUCCACCACACCGGCGGAACAGAGACAUCGAACGCCGACGAAAGUUGGUCGGUCGAAAAUCCCGGUGCAAGUUCCCGCGUACAUUCCGCUUGAAGAAGAAGUACCCGUGACAGCGCCCGAGGAGAACGUCGUCACCGCGUCCGCUCGAGCGAGCGGCGGCGGUGGUACGGAAUCUUUACGCGCGUUUGGUCGCGGAUAA